AUGACUGAUUCCAAGUCUGCGGAGCCCGUCAGAGAAGGGCUCGGGGAUAUCCUCUAUGACCCAGAGGAGGGUGCCAAUGUAGACGUCGUCUUCGUCCACGGCCUUUCAGGAGACAGAGUCGACACAUGGACAUGGAAAAACGACUUUCGCUCUCAAUUCUGGCCCAAGACUCUCCUACCCACGGACUGUCCCACGGCACGAAUUAUGUCCUUUGGAUAUAACUCUGACUUUGCCUAUUUCUACCCACCUGUCAAUCCAAAGGGUAUAUCGACUGAUUUGACAAUCGACAACUACUCGGCGUCUUUGCUGCAUGCUCUAGUUGGACUGCGCGGCAAGACCAACACGACCGACCGUCCCAUCAUAUUCGUCGCACACAGUCUAGGCGGCCUGGUAGUAGCCAACGCCCUCUCCAAACCCCACGGCACCGACGAAGCCGCCAAAGAAAUCGCCGAUCGAACCAUCGGCACCCUCUUCCUGGGAACUCCCUUCCACGGCUCCUCCAUAGCCAAAUACGGCAAUUUCGCUGUCAACAUACUGAAAUACUUCAUGCCCGCAGCUGGUCAGAACAUCAAGGAUCUUGAAGAACGCUCCGCCAAGCUCAUCAGUAUCAACGAUGCGUUUGCCAAGUUCUUGAAAGAACGAGAUCGCUCGCGGACAAAGCCCUUCCUUGAAGUGGCCUGUUUCUUCGAGGAUGAGUCCUUGUAUAACAUCAUGGGGAAGAAGAUUGGGAAGGUUGUUCCCAAGGAGUCGGCGAGCUGGCUGGGUGUUGAUGCGCUCUCGAUUUCUCAGGAUCAUAUUGCCAUGUGCAAGUUUAGAGAUGAGGAUAGCGCGGAUUAUAAGAAUGUGGUGGGGAAGUUGUGUCAGUGGAUUAAGGAUAUUGGUAAAGAUUUGAGUGGGGUUCAUGGAUUGGAUGCAAAGAGUAUUACUGUGAAUCAAGGGAAUGUUGACAAUCGCAAUAUUGUCAACAAUGGGGGUAACGUUGCGGGAAACCUGUACGGUACUUCCAAGGAUGCUAACAAGCUUAUCGGGACUAUUAACUACAAUGGUGUGAAGCCUCCUCCUGAAUGA